CGGAAGCGGUUUGAGCGCGGCGGAGCAGCGUCGCGCGCGGCGCCGGCACGCGCCCUCGCCGCGCUUGUGUGCGGCCAGCCACCGCAUGUCGUGCCUCGCGUCCGCUACGCUGGCCAAGUGCGCGUUCUUAUGCACUGUCUUAGCCGAAUUCAGCGAACAUCACGAACUAGCCUUCCGAGUGGGUUUAUUCGCGUUGGAAAUGGCACGUCCACCAGCUAGUACCAAGGCUUUAGAGGUGAAGCUCAAUAACCAGGAGUCAGAGUUGGUCUCUUUGCUGAAGAAGUUGCCCACUGGCGCCGAACAGUUGGCGCUGGCAAGGGAGAAGGCGGAACAACUGAGGGAUGGUCAAUUACGAAGCCGGGGACCGGCGUUAUUACCCAUAUCGCUAGCAAGUUUCCUGUUCGAAGUGCUUGUUUUGUCUGCUGCUGAAAAUAAACAUCCCUCGAGGCUAAUGACCGACGAAGUGCUAGGCUUCGAAGCGGCGGUGGCGGCGCUGGGCCUGAAGGCGAACGUGUCGGAGGCGGAGCACCCGCUGCUGUGCGAGGGCACGCGGCGCCAGCGCGGCGACCUCGCGCUCACGCUGCUCGCCUUCUACAAGGACGAUCCCGUUAAACUGGCCAGGAUUAUGAAUAAGUUACUGGAUCGUGAUAUUCAUCAACUGACGAAAGGUCCGAUGGUCAGCAUGUACUACUCCAGCAAUCCACGGUUCAGUUCGCGCACUGAACAUCACUACCAUCAUCAGCCACCAAAUGUGCCUGUUGCUGUUCCAGUGUGCAGCCUCUCAGGAGACAUGGAGCGUCUCUCCAUGGGAGAGAGCAGUGGAUCUCCCCCCGCCGGGCCCCACUCAGUGCACUCGGCCCACUCGGCCCACUCGACACACUCGGCGCACUCGUCGCACCAGCCACACCACGCCACCUCGCACGCACCGCUUCCCAGACUGAAGGAUACGAGAUAUAAAGGGAAACGUCAGUACCCGUCAGUGCCUAACCAGCCGUCAGAAGCGUCAGCGCACUUCAUGUUCGAGUUAGCGAAGUCCGUGCUAUUCAAGGCGGGAGGCUCGUCUAGCACCAGUCUCUUCACGCAGACGUCUUGCGCUAGGGAACAUCAUGGACCUCAUAGGGGUUUGCACAUGGCGGCAUUUCAACUUGGAUUGUAUGCUCUCGGACUUCACAACUGCGUCAGUGCUAAUUGGCUGAGUCGUACUUACUCUUCACAUGUAAGCUGGAUUACAGGCCAAGCCAUGGAUAUUGGCGCGCCAGCAAUUCUAUUCUUAAUAGAUGCAUGGGAAGGACAUCUGACACCACCCGAAGCAGCUGGAAUAGCAGAUAAGGCGUCGUCCGGGCGCGACGUGCAGACGGUGCGCGCGGCGGCGGAGCUGGCGCUGUCGGUGCUGCCGCACGCGCACGCGCUCAACUACAACGAGAUCCAGCGCGCCGUGCUGCAGUGCAAGGAGCAGAGCGACGCCAUGCUCGAGCGCGCCUGCCUCACCGUCGAGGCGGCGGCUAAAGGUGGCGGCGUGUACCCCGAGGUGCUGUACACGGUGGCGCGCUACUGGCACGAGCUGUACCUGCGGCAGGCGAGCGAGGACGAGCCCGACGAGCAGUACCGCGCGCCGCCGCCGCUCGCCGUGCCGCUGCCCUACCCGCUCGCCUAUCCCUUCACGUACCACUACCCGCCGCACAUCUACCAGCUGCAGUUCGAGUGUCCGCAGUACGGCGGCGCGCCGGCGACGCACCCCGGGCCACAGUACGCGAUCCCCCAGUACUUCGUGCGCGGCAUCGUCCCGCCGCACGCCGCGCACGCGCCGCAGCACGCGCAGCUCGCGCCGCACGUGCCGCUCCCGCCGCACCCACCGCACCCACCACCGCAUCCGCCUCCGAUACCUGUCAAUGUGUCUCAUCCAGCGCCGAUACCGCCGCCGCUGCCCGCCGCCCACCCGGGUCACGCGGGGCACGCGGGCGUGGGCGUGGGCGUGGGCGUCGUGCCCGUGAGCGGCGUGGGCGGCAACAGCGUGGGCGCGCCGCUGGGCAGCGUGGCGCCGCUGCCGGGCGCCGGGCCGCCCGCCUUGCCGCAGGCUCAGCUCAGACGCCUGCUGGCGGCCUACCGCGUGGGCAUGCUGGCGCUCGAGACGCAAGCCAGAAGAGUGCACGACGAUCGGCCGCAGAAUAAGUUUGGCAGGAACCCGCCGUACGGCGAGCACGUGAAGUGGCUGCUGCGCAUAUCGAAGCGGCUGGGCGCGCAGUACCUGCACCAGUUCUGCGUGUGCGCGGUGAACUCGGUGGUGUCGCCGUUCGUGCUGUACGAGCUGUGCGUGGAGUCGGCGCACUGGCUGGCGCGCGGCGGCCCGCACCACCUCGUCAUGCAGCACCUGCGCGGCACGCUGGCGCCGCUCGUGCACAAGUGCCAGCAGAUGUAUAUUCAAUGUAUUCAUCAGAAACUCUACCAUUUGACGGCCAUGGAAUAUGAAGAAUUUGUAGGAAUCGUCCUUUCGGCCCGCACAGCGUUCCAGUUGACACCGGAAGGAAAUACACAGUUUAAGGAAUGGCUUGCCUCGUUGCGCAGGUCGAAGUCGUGCAAGAAGGACCUCUGGACGCAAUUGAACGCUGCGCUGCAGACGAACGGCAAAUGACGUCGGCAGCCGAUAGUUUGUGUGGCGCGGGGCUCGGCGCGCAAACUGUCUCACACGUGUCCGCGCCACCGCCGUGCGCACACGCAUACGCACACGCUCUGAACCUGCCGCUCUACUACUGGUGAGGCCCCGCCCCGCCCCGCCCCGCCCCGCCCCGCGCCCCAACCGCCUGCUGUACUUCGUGACGGUGUUUGUCAUGAGCCAAUGAUGGAUGUUCGAUCCCUUUUCAAUAGAGUAAGAUAUGAUUAGAAGUUAAGCGAGUCUCACGGUAGCUCCUUUAAAUUUAUUUAGGCGGUACUCAUUGCGUCCCUCCUGCUCGGGGUCGAAGUGGGACACUGGGUAUUUAACGAUCCGCUGAGUGACUGCGCCGGGGGAUCGUAUUGAGAUGAUUUGUUCUUCACGGCGAAUAAGAACGUUAUACAUCCGUUAUUGGCAUGAAAAGUAAUUAACGUUAUGAGGGCAAUUGCGGGGCGUACCGGCGUUUGUAUGCGUCAUACGCGGCUAUAUCGCGUGCGUGCUGCGUCCAUACGUGCCGCGCGCGUACUCAGCGCAUGUAUGCACGCACGCACGCACGCUAGCACGCAUGCACGCACGCAUGCAUGCUAUACACAAGUGCGGACUUUGCGUGUUUACACCUCGACCGCAAUUUGCGAUACUUACCUUACUGAAAUCUAAGCUUACGUUGAAUACGGCGAAUUUAACUUUACUGAGUCGUACUUACUUUCGAUUCGAGCGUAAUAUGAAUGUUAGGAGUUCGUAUGUUUUAUGUGAGCACUCAUUUGCUAAAAUAUGUGUGAAUUUGUCUUGCAAAUGUGAAUUUUAUCUGCAAUGAGAUAAGUUCCUGCGAUGUAGAUGGUCAUUCUGUCAUUGAGUGUUGGACGUUGCAAAAAAUUCAUGUAGUUGUGUGAAUUUGUGAUUAUAACAAUGUCUGCAGGAGCGUAUAUAAUUAAAGCGUUGUGAAUUUUCUCUUCCGUACUGACGUAUGUUUUCAAAGCGUUGAAAUUUCUAAAAUAUCAAUCCCCAAGCGUUUCCCUAUCUGACAUUUUUGUACAUAUAUAAGAAUUAUUCAUGAUGAACCGCAACUUCUACAUAUUGCCACUCUUAUGUGUAUUUAUGUAUUGAUCGAAAAGUAGAAGAGUAGGCGAAGUCAACAGCGAAGAAAAAGGU